GAAAAUCCGCGCCAUUUUAGGCAUCGGAUUUCGGUCGAUACGCUUAUUUUUAUUCGGUCUCUCAUUCAAGCAGAUUUUCUCAAAAGAAUAAUAAUUUUUAAACACUUUUGUCAUCAAUAUAUUGAAAAAAGUGUCUGUAAAUUAUGCGCGCUCGAAAUUCGAGGUUAGAAAAAGUUUCGUGGGCUUAUGUGUCAGUACAAAAAUUCCCGAUUGUGGUUUUGUAAUUAACUAGCCGUGACAGUGCUAAAAGCUUCGAUUAAGAUUAGUUACGGCACUUGUUAUUCGAGAGAUAGGUCGGGCAUGAUAAGAGCAGAGGUCAAUGUCGUUUAUUUGAGGCGCGAUCUCACUGAUAAGUGACAGCUUUGACAAAAUGUCGCGUGGCACCAAAACGUCAGAGACAACAAACUCGCAUUCCAUUCGAUGUUCUGUGUUUUGAAAACGUUUCUUCAACGUUUUUUUUUUGCAAUGUCAGCUUUAAAAUUAAGCAUGCAGGACAAAAAAGAUCUGGAUAAGUUCACCAAAUUUCUGGCACUUAAAGCCGCACAAAUUAUCGUGCAAUCCAGAUCUGGAGAAAAAGUGAGCACGAAGUGUAAACCGAACUCGUCUGGAACAGAUUGGUUUAAUUUAGCAAUCCAAGAUUUGCCGGAGGUGCAAGCAGAAGCUAAGAGAGUUAUUUGCAAUGACAUUAUCAGUUCGACAAUACCUCUCUGUAUUGAAAUAUCCCUUCGAACCGUUGAAGGAGACACCAUGGUCCUGGAAACUUGGACUCUGGGUGUCAUGCCCGAACAAUGUGAUCCCACAGUUAGGGUGACUUACACAGUUUACAACAGAAUGGGAAUUUUACUUAAAUCCUUACUCUCCGUCUCGAGAGUAACACCAGCUUAUAAAUUGAGUCGAAGGCAGGGCCCUGACUCAUAUGUUAUUUGCUAUAGAAUUUAUAUGGGGGAACCUCAACUACAUACUUUAGGUGACAACUACAAACGCGUCCGUGUCGGCCAAUUAUGUACACCUGUUGGCACAAUUUAUUUAUCAGUUUCCUACAGAACGAAAAUGACAAUUUCGCCCACAUAUACCGGUCGAGAUUCAAUCAUGCUCAAGAGUGAUCAUUUUCACUCCGAUUUAAGUCCGAGACACGCUCGAUAUCAGCAAGGUGAUGAGAUUUCGAAAUCGCUGAGCGAUACAAUAAAAGUGGGCGCGUUCGUCGAAAAUAAACAGGUUAUUGUCAACGAGGAGGACUUGGUGAUUCCUGACGUUCCCUUCAGUUCAUUGCUGACGCCUAGGCAAAAUUCUUCACCGCCUCCUCCGACUCCAGCCGCAGAUUUGACAACAGGAACGACGACAGUUCCAGCAUCUGCGAAAGAAACAGAGAUUAGUAAUGGAAACGAGAGGGUGGCGAACGAUAAUACGAUUUUGAAGUGCAACUCGCAGAAUGGCUCGAGGAGAAGCAGUUGUUCGAUCACCAGUGCCAACGACGACUUCAUUAUGGUAGACCUGAAGACGCCAUUUGCGGGGACAAAUACAAAUAGCGACUUGGGAGUUUUCUACAGGGAAUGUCAAAGUGCACCUCAAUUGCAGACUUCUACUGAAGAACUAACUUUAGCAGAACAAGUCGGCGACCUCACAAAACAGCUAGAAACUUUCGAAACGAAUAUGCAACGUUACGAAGACCUUUUGUCAUCUUUAUAUCAAUCGGAAAACAACAAUUGAGAAUCGGUAGCAAGCAAUUAUUGCUAUAAAGUUGCAAUCGGUACUACCUCGUAGUAUUUCGAAUGGAAUGGCAAUUUGCCAUUUUUUUUGUUUUUUGAGUCUCUGCUCCGCUUUAUAUUGAGCUUUUUACAACAGGAGAUUCAAUAUUCAAACUGUGGUAACGCUGGUAUACUUUUUUUUUAACUAACCAAAAUUCCAUGCAGAAUUUUUUAAAUUAUUAUUAAACUUAUAGGAUACAUAUUGUAUAUAGCUAUGAACAUUUACCGUAACAACUUUUUUUUUCAAGUUGAAUUUUGUACCAGAGUUACCCCGAUUUUUGAAGUGAAACUGAAUCCUAGGUUAGGAUGAUGCGAUAUUAAUUAUUGCUGGUUUGAUAACUAAUUUAUAUCUUUAACACUGCAGGGAUGGACAAAUUACGGAAUGAGUGACCAAAAAAAAAUUGUUACAAAACCUCGAUUAUUAGAGAAAAAGAAUCCUAAAUCAAAUGCCCAGUUUUAAAAUACGAGAAAAGUUUACAACACAUUGUUAAGUUUCGUACGCGAUAAUUAAUUUUGCGGGCGAAUAUUGAUUUUUUUAUAGAGUUUAGCUCAAAUUGGAGUGUGAAGAAAUUUUCUGAUAUUAUAAUUCGUUCGAAAUUGAGAGAUUUUGAAUAUUGGAGAUAUAUAAAAAAGAAUUUACACUUUUUUCUAUAUUUUUGUAAAUUAGAAAACGUUUUUGUUUACGUACUUAUUCUAUAUUUUUAGAAGGAAUUUUGAAUUAUAUAUAUUUUUUGAGGAUAAAGUGCGUUUGGAAUUAAUUGCUGUUAUUAUAUAGGUGAAUAGACUUUAACCUUUUUAUGGAGUGAAUGUAAUUAUGUUGUAGAGACAAUUUGCCCAUCUCUGAUUUUCCUUGUAAAAUCGGACUUACUUGACUAUUUGUGAUUUCUUUAUAAGUCUGCUAAUGGUUUAUUAAAUUAUUGCUUGUACAUAUUGUACGCCGUGCCUAUACGUUAUUGUAAUAUUGAUAGAUUAAUAUUAAAGGAAAUAUU